AUGAGCGAUGAGGACAUGGACUAUGGUUUCGAGUACAGUGACGACGAGGAGCAGGAGGAGGACGUGGACAUCGAGAACCAGUACUAUAACAGCAAAGGCAACCUCGAGGACGGCGACCGCGACACGGCGCUCGAAGGGUUCCGCAAGGUCGUCGAGAUGGAGGGCGACGAGAAGGGCGAGUGGGGCUUCAAGGCUCUGAAACAAGCCGUGAAACUCCAGUGCCUCUCCAAAGACUAUCAGGGCAUGACCGAGUCCUACAAGGAGAUGCUGACAUACAUCCACUCGGCCGUCACGCGCAACCACGGCGAGAAGAAGAUCAACUCGGUGCUGGACUUCGUCGCUCAGACGGUCGGCGACGGUCCCGACGCGAGCCUCCUCGAGGACAUGUACGAGGCCACGCUGGCCGCCAUGGAGGGCGCGCGCAACGAGCGGCUGUGGUUCAAAGUCUCCACGCGCCUCGCUGCGCUGUGGCUGCGCCGCGGCGACCUGGCGCGCCUCGGCGCGCUCCUCAAGGGGCUGCGGAAGUGGUGCCUCCAGGACGGCGAGGAGGACCCUCGCAAGGGCACGCAGUUGCUCGAAGUCCUGGCGCUGGAGAUCCAAAUGCGCACGGAACAGAAGGACCACCAGCGGCUGCGCGACCUGUACAGGAGGGCGCUGGGCGUCAAGUCGGCCAUCCCGCACCCCCGCAUCCUGGGCGUCGUCAAGGAGUGCGGCGGCAAGAUGCUUAUGCGCGAGCGGCGCUGGGAGGACGCAUGCACGGACUUCUUCGAGGCCUUCAAGGCCUACGACGAGGCCGGCUCGCCGCGCCGCACCCUCUGCCUCAAAUACCUGCUCCUGGCGUCGAUGCUGAAUCAGUCCGCGGUGGACCCGUUCGACUCGCAAGAGGCCCGGCCGUACCGCAGCGACCCCGACGUCGUCGCGAUGGCGCACCUCGUCGACGCGUACCGCUCCAACCGCAUGGCGGACUUCGAGGCGGCGCUGGCGGCGGGGCGCGAGCAAGUCAUGGGGGACCCGUUCAUCGCGCAGCACGUCGAGGACCUGCUGCACGCGCUGAGGAAGCAGGUGCUGCAGGUGAUGCUGCGGCCGUACCGCAGGGUGAGCGUGGAGUGGGCUGCGCGGCAGCUGAAGGUGUCGACUGACGACGUGGAGAGCUUGCUCGUGUCGCUGAUCCUGGACGGGAAGCUGGACGGGCGGAUCGAUCAGACGACGGGGACGCUGGAGGUGCGCGGGCAGGGGCAGGCGGCGGUGGCGGCGGCGACGACGGCGGCGGCGAAGGUCGCAGCGACGUCGCAGGCGCCCAAGGCGGGCGCGGCGGCGACGGCGCCCGCGGCGGAGGAGGCGGAGGGCGAGGACACGGGGAGGUACGCGGCGCUGUCGGCGUGGUGGACACAGCUCGGGAAGCUCCACGCGACCGUGUCCGCGAAGCUUUCAUGA